GUAUACUGAACGCAACCGUCGUAUAUAUAAUUCACCGCCUUCAUUUUCUCUCUCUCCAGUCUCUCCGGUUUACUCCGUCGCCGAGUCGAUAAGCACAGUAAUAGAGGGGAUACAACCAUGGCAGCCGCCGCAGAAUCGGUGCAAUGUUUCGGAAGGAAGAAGACGGCGGUGGCCGUCACCCACUGCAAGCGUGGAAGGGGCUUGAUCAAGAUCAACGGCUCCCCUAUCGAGCUGGUUGAGCCCGAGGUCCUCCGCUUCAAGGCCUACGAGCCCAUCCUCCUUCUCGGACGCCACCGCUUCGCAGGUGUCGACAUGCGCAUCCGUGUCAACGGUGGAGGGCAAACGUCCCAGAUCUACGCCAUCCGUCAGAGCAUUGCCAGGGCUCUCGUCGCCUACUACCAGAAGUACGUGGACGAGCAGAGCAAGAAGGAGAUAAGGGACAUCCUCUACAGGUAUGACAGAACGCUGCUGGCCUCUGACCCCAGGCGCUGCGAGCCCAAGAAGUUUGGUGGACGUGGUGCUCGUGCAAGGUUCCAGAAGAGUUACCGUUGAACGGGAAUGUUCGUUUUGUGCUUCUGUUUUGGCAUACUUCAGGUUCUGGUCUUUUUUGGUAAUUGAGACCUAUAGAUUUUGUGGUUUUAGUGAUCUGAUGUUCUUGUUCAAAGACCAUAUCAGUAUGUUUUCCAGUUAAAAGUUCAUAUUACAAAUGCAUGCCUUUUGAAUCUCGGUUGUCUCCUGCA